GAGGCCCCGCCCCUUUUGCGUCACGUGCCGCUCCCCGCGCCGCCCCGCGGUGCAUUGUGGGAUCGCAAAGAUGGCGGCGCUCAGCGCGGGCCGGGCGGCGGCGGCGGGCCUCCUGCGUGCCCAGAGCCUCGGGGCAUGGCGGGGGCUGGGCACCUCGGCCACCCUCCUGCAGCAAGCCCAGGCCAAGUCCCACAGGGCUGAGGGGACAUUCCAGGUGACAAUGCUGCCGGGGGAUGGCGUGGGCCCGGAGCUGAUGCACGCUGUCAAGGAGGUCUUCAAGGCUGGCAAUGUCCCCGUGAUCUUCGACGAGCACCACCUGAGCGAGGUGCAGAACACGGCGUCCGAGGAGAAGCUGGACCGGGUGGUGGACUCCAUGAAGGAGAGCAAGGUGGCCCUCAUUGGGAAGAUCCACACGCCCAUGGAGUACAAGGGAGACCUGGCGUCCUAUGACAUGAGGCUCAGGAGGAAGCUGGACCUGUUUGCCAACGUGGUGCACGUGAAGAGCCUCCCGGGAUACCAGACCCGGCACAACAACCUGGACCUGGUGAUCAUCCGGGAGCAGACCGAGGGCGAGUACAGCUCCCUGGAGCACGAGAGUGCCAAGGGCGUGAUCGAGUGCCUCAAGAUCAUCACCAGGGCCAAGUCCCAGCGCAUCGCCAAGUUCGCCUUCGACUACGCCACCAAGAAGGGCCGGGCCAAGGAUAAGGAGGUGGCUGAGCUGUACCCCAAGAUCAAAUUCGACACCAUGAUCAUCGACAACUGCUGCAUGCAGCUGGUGCAGAACCCCUACCAGUUCGACGUCCUGGUGAUGCCCAACCUCUACGGGAACAUCGUGGACAACCUGGCCGCGGGGCUGGUGGGCGGCGCCGGCGUCGUGCCCGGCGAGAGCUACAGCGCCGAGUACGCCGUGUUCGAGCUGGGAGCCCGGCACCCCUUCGCCCAGGCCGUGGGCAGGAACAUCGCCAACCCCACGGCCAUGCUGCUCUCGGCCUCCAACAUGCUGCGGCACCUCAACCUGGAAUACCACUCCAACAUGGUCUCGGACGCGGUGAAGAAGGUGAUCAAAGGUGGAAAAGUGCGCACGGCGGACAUGGGGGGCUACUCCACCUCCAUGGAUUUCACCCAGGCUGUGAUAGAUGCCCUGGAGGUGCAGUGACCUCACCCCUGCCCCUGGCGACUCCAAUAAAGUGGCCUUAGGUGUGA